AUGCAUCACGCCGAUCAAGAUUUGCUCCCUGGGACAUUUCCUGUUAUGCAGCCACCCGCAGAGACGGUUGAGCCCAGUGUUACCUUUCAUCGCAUCAUACCGACCUCUCCAGGGUAUAAGCCUGAGCCAUCGACCCCUUUGGAUGCUUACAUACCUCUAUCUGCCAUUUUGAGCAGUAGUCCAUUGUCGAUGGGGUCGUCUGUGGGGGUUCCAUCGCAGUACGAUGCUGAGGAGAUGCCGUACGGCUCCGUAGAGCAGGCUUUACGGUUUAGUGAGAUCGAGAAACACCGAGCACAUCCGGAUCGGCCAUAUCGACGAGGUUGCAAUCGGAAAAGUCUCCAUGGGACCUCCUCCAAGCCAAAGAGCGGCACGAACAAGUCCAGUAUCAACUGUGACUUAGUAAUCGCACAGAAUGAGUUUGCCUGCAGUUAUCCAGGCUGCAUCGAUAAAAACACCGGAAAGCAGAAACGAUUUAAACGGCAGGAGCAUAAGAAGAGGCAUGAAAAAACUGUACAUGAAAAGGCGAUGCAUUCGGCGUACAAAUGUUGGGUUCCAGAGUGUAAUAGGCCGUUCUCUCGAACGGACAACCUCAAAAGCCAUUUGAGAAAUACUCACUCGAAGCGGCCGGGAGUUCGAGGAAAUCGAUAUGUGGCCACCUUGGACAAAAACAGCGAAUACUAUGAUCCAAACUGGGUGGGCGAGUUGGAUAAGCACGGAUACCCAAUUCUCUGA